AUGGCUGCCGUUACUACGGCUACGCAUAAUAUUGAUGAUGUGCUGGAGAAAACUACGGAGCAAAAUUUCGAAGCUGUUUCUGACAGUGUGGGGGCGGUUACCCACACUGACGUAACGGAGAGGGAGCCUGUAUCCAUUGUCGCAGCUGAGGAAACACUGCUUGGACCUUUGGGUGGCACUGAGCAGGCAUCUGUCACAACUUCAGAUACUACUACUGGAACGUUUGCCAUUCCAAAAGAUGAUGAAGAUAAGGCUCCAACGUCCGAAAACGUGACGCGUCCACCUAUGUGGUUAGAUGGAAGCGCUGAGGAAGUACCUACAGUAUCUGCAGACGCAUCAUAUAGCAAGACCACUGCACCCAUAACAACAAAAGUAAGUGGAAAGCCACAGCAGAAAACUGCGAGCAGCAAGCAAACUCUCAAGAUCUCACCGGAUGUUGGGUGGGUCAUUCAUUUUUUUAUUAGUUAA